AUGGUCAAAUUCAACAAAGGACAAUUGAUCCAAUACGUUCCUUACCACGGCGCAGCCCAUACAAGCAAGCCACAAAACCAGGGACGAAUAUUGGAUCCUAUCGUUGAUACUACGAAUACUUUUACAGGGGCAUAUGUGGUUCAGAAUGGGAAUCGUACGAGGCGAAUGGAGCACCUCGUCCGCGAGGAGGAUAUUAUCAUGUCUUUGGAGCCGUUCAUGAUGUGA